AUGUCAACCAACCGAUACAUCGUUCCGAUCCCCGAGUCGAUGAUGGUCAUGAAAACCCGCAAAUACCUCAAUGACUUUGCAGACCACCACCAGGAUGGCUGGAUGGACAUUCAGAAUGGAGGCUGGGUUUAUGUAGAUGGCAACGAGAAGGUGCUAGCGGUUGCAUCUGACUCCUUGUGUUGUGAAGAGCUUGAUGUGAGAGAGGCUGAGAUUCAGGCUUUGGGUGAUGAAGAUGGUGAAGAUUUUUGCUGUUCGACCGAGCAAUCCAACCCCGACUUGUCAAACCAAUGCAAACAUCACCGUUGCUUCAACACCGUGAUAUGCGUGACUUACAACGGCUGUCACGUUUGCUCGCGAAACAACCGCUGCUUCUGA